GUCUGUAACGGUGGGUUGUUUUAAAUCCCCGCCAGCAAUGCCCAAAAAAAGCAAACGAACGAUAACACACUCCUAUCGAUGUUCUACUUCUUCCUGUUUUCUCAUUCCGCUAUCUGUUGACCGAUCCUUCUUCCUUCUCUGUUCUCUUGCUUCAGCUUCAGAAGUUUAUUUAUUUAUUUUUUUUUGAGCAAUUAGAUCGAACAGAAGAAGAGGAAAAUGGGUUCGUUCAGUGGAGUGGAUGAGUUCUUGAAGCAUUGUGAGCAGUCGGGAGACGCGGCGUACGGUGCCUUCAAAGCUUUGCUGGAGAAGCUGGAAGAUCCGACCACCAGAGCCGAAGCUCGGGUCUUCUUGGCGAGUCUGCAGAAGCGUUUCGAUUCGAAGGAGGACUCAGAUCGAUGCCUCCAGAAAUUCCAUUUCCGUAUCCACGAUAUCCAUCUUGCCGACCACCAAGGCUAUCAGAGGAGGAAGAAAUUGACAAUGAUGGUGAUCCCAAGCAUUUUCAUUCCAGAAGACUGGUCCUUCACUUUUUAUGAAGGAUUGAAUCGGCAUCCUAGUUCUAUAUUCAAGGACAAGAUAGUUGCUGAACUUGGUUGUGGAAAUGGAUGGAUAUCCAUUGCCCUUGCUGAAAAGUGGUCUCCGCUGAAGAUUUAUGGCCUUGAUAUAAACCCAAGAGCAGUAAAAGUUUCAUGGAUAAAUCUGUAUUUAAAUGCUCUGGAUGAGAAUGGGCAACCAAUCUAUGAUGGAGAGAAGAAAACUUUACUAGACAGGGUGGAGUUUCAUGAAUCUGAUCUGCUAGCUUAUUGUAGAAAUCACAACAUACAAUUGGAACGAAUUGUUGGAUGCAUACCUCAGAUACUCAACCCAAAUCCAGAGGCUAUGUCAAAAAUGAUCACAGAAAAUGCAAGCGAGGAAUUCUUAUAUUCGUUAAGUAACUAUUGUGCCCUUCAGGGUUUUGUUGAGGAUCAGUUUGGUUUAGGUCUCAUUGCCCGAGCAGUUGAGGAAGGAAUAGCUGUCAUCAAGCCUACGGGAAUUAUGAUCUUUAACAUGGGAGGUCGUCCAGGACAAGGUGUAUGCAAGCGCUUGUUUGAACGUCGUGGUUUCCGUGUAACAAAGCUUUGGCAAACUAAAGUUAUCCAGGCUGCUGAUACAGAUAUAUCAGCCUUGGUUGAAAUUGAAAAGAACAGCCGCCAUCGCUUUGAGUUCUUCAUGGGCCUAGUUGGGGAUCAGCCUAUUUGUGCUCGAACAGCCUGGGCCUAUGGGAAAUCUGGUGGUAGUAUCUCACAUGCAUUAUCGGUUUACAGUUGUCAACUUCGUCAACCAAAUCAGGUCAAGAUAAUUUUUGAUUUUCUUAAAAAUGGCUUCCAAGAAAUCAGCAAUUCUUUGGAUUUAUCAUUCGGCGAUGAUUCUGUUGCUGAUGAGAAGAUACCAUUCCUAGCUUGUCUAGCCAGUAUUUUGAAAGAGAAGUCAUUUUUCCCAUAUGAGCCACCGGCUGGAAGCACUGGAUUUCGUAAUCUUAUUGCAAACUUUAUGAGAAUAUAUCAUCAUAUUCCACUUAAUAAUGAUAAUGUUGUUAUAUUUCCAUCAAGGGCUGUGGCAAUUGAGAAUGUGCUUCGAUUGUUUUCACCACGGCUUGCUAUUGUUGAUGAACAUCUGACCAGAUACCUACCCAAACAGUGGUUAAUAUCUCUAGCUAUUGAGAGUGAACCCAAUGGAAAGUCUUCAGAGGAUGUAAUUACAGUCAUUGAAGCUCCACGGCAGUCAGAUCUGAUGAUAGAACUGAUAAAGAAGUUGAAACCACAGGUUGUGGUUACAGGGAUGGCUCAUUUUGAGGCAGUAACUAGUUCAGCUUUCGAACACCUUUUAGACACCACAAGACAGAUUGGCUCUCGAAUUUUCCUAGAUAUAUCUGACCAUUUUGAGUUGUCAAGUCUUCCUGGUUCAAAUGGAGUUCUGAAAUAUCUAUCAGGAAAUUUUCUGCCCCCACAUGCAGCAGUUAUAUGUGGUCUUGUUAAAAAUCAGGUUUAUUCAGAUUUGGAAGUAGCUUUUGUGAUUUCAGAAGAGGAAACCAUUUUUAAGGCAUUGUCCAAGUCAGUGGAGUUACUAGAAGGUGGUACAGCUUUGUUUAGCCAAUAUUAUUAUGGUUGUUUAUUCCAUGAGCUUCUAGCCUUCCAACUUGCUGAUCGCCAUCUUCCUGCAGAGAGGGAAUGUGCAAAGGCUGAAUCUGUUGAGAUGAUUGGCUUUGCAAGUUCGGCCAUAUCUGUCAUUAAUAGUGCUGAACUAUCCAUUAAUGAAGGAGAUGACACUGAAUUGAUUCACAUGGAUGUAGAUCAGAGCUUCUUGCAGAUACCAUCCCCUGUCAAAGCUGCGAUAUUUGAGAGUUUUGCAAGACAGAACAUGGUUGAGUCAGAAUUUGACGUGAAGACUGGCAUUCGACAGUUUAUCAAGAGCAACUAUGGAUUCCCAACUGAUAGUAGCACAGAGUUCAUAUAUGGGGACUCUCCCCUAGCCCUUUUCAAUAAGAUGGUCCUUUGCUGCAUCCAAGAAGGUGGAACCUUGUGCUUCCCUGCUGGGUCAAAUGGAAAUUAUGUUUCUGCUGCCAAGUUUUUGAAGGCAAAAAUUGUGUAUAUUCCAACCCACUCUGAAGAAGGUUUUAAGCUCACAGAGAAGAAACUGAUGGUCGUGCUUGGAACAGUGAAUAAGCCAUGGUUGUACCUCUCGGGUCCAACAAUCAACCCAACUGGCUUGCUUUAUAACAAUGAAGAAAUGUGUGUGUUACUAUCUGUCUGUGCCAAGUUUGGGGCAAGAGUUGUGAUUGAUACAUCUUUUUCGGGUUUGGAAUUCAACACUGAGGGUUGGGGUAGAUGGAAUUUGGAGGAUAGUUUGUCAAAGUUGAAUUGCCUAGGCAAUUCAUCCUUUUCUGUGUCAUUGGUUGGAGGUCUUUCUUCUGAGAUGCUGACUGGUGGUCUCCGAUUUGGGUUUCUGGUUUUAAACUCAUCCGAAUUGGUUGAUGCAUUCUAUACCCUCCCAGGAUUAAGCAAACCUCACAGCACCAUGAAAUAUGCAAUAAAGAAGUUGCUGGAUUGGAGAGAGCAGAAAGCAGGAAAUCUAUUGAAAGCUGUUACAGAACACAGAGGGAUUCUGAGGAACAGAUCUGACUGCUUAAAGGAGACACUCCAAAGUUGUGGGUGGAACGUGCUUGACUGUUACAGUGGUGUCUCCAUGGUGGCGAAACCAUCUGCUUAUCUUGGUAAAACUGUGAAGCUCAGUUGUUCACUAAAAAGAGGUUCCACUUCUAGUGGUGAAGUUUUUGAAGCCAAGCUUGAUGACUCUAAUAUCAGGGAAGCCAUGCUCAGAGCUACUGGUUUAUGCAUCAAUAGCAGUUCAUGGACUGGAAUUCCUGGCCACUGUCGAUUCACAAUCGCAUUGGAUGAUGCCAAGUUUGAGCAGGCAUUGAAAUGCAUAGUCAUGUUCAAGACUUCCGUCCUUGGUGACUAGAAAGCUCUCUAUCAUUGUGAUUCUUUGUGUGUGUGUGUGUGGUUUUGUUAUUAAUGUGACUUAGGUGUCAUGAAAUAAUCAAAAUCUUCCAACCAUUAGAUCAAAUAUGUAUGGGAUGGCACUUUAGGUGGCUUCCCUAGCCAUGAACUAUGCUCACCAGGGUAGACCCUUGGCUUUGACUGUAUUUGCUGCAAAUUACAAUGUUAAAAUCAUUUUAACUGCAUCUUCAGUGAUGCAGAUACAAAAGGAAAGUUGGUUCUGGUUUUCA